AUGAGCGAUUCACCCAGCAGCCCAGCAGGGGGGCCUCCUACGCUUCCUACGAGGUCUAUAAAACCUAACAAGAGUAAAGCGAAGCUCUCACCGAAAUCGUCCACGGCAAAUAUUAGCUCAAAAGCAGAAUACUCUGAUAUUGUCGAUGGUCUAAAAAGAAUUUACAAAACCAAGAUUCGACCAUUGGAGCAAACUUAUAACUUUGAACAAUUUCAUUCCCCUUACCUUACCGAUGCCGAUAUCGAGGCAAAACCGAUGGUACUGCUUAUCGGGCAAUACAGUGUUGGAAAGUCCACAUUCGUCAAGUACAUUCUGGAUAAGGAGUACCCAGGAUUGCACAUUGGACCGGAACCCACGACUGACCGGUUUGUUGCGGUCAUGAACGGCGACGAGAGGAUCAUUCCAGGCAAUGCUGCUGCAGUCAGUGCAGAGUUGCCUUUCACUGCCAUGACGCGAUUUGGAUCAUCUUUCCUCCAGAAGUUCCAGGUUUCUCUUGUCAACUCUCCCGUCUUGGAAAAUGUCAUCCUGAUUGAUACUCCCGGAAUUCUGAGCGGAGAGAAACAGAGCAUUGGGCGAUCUUAUGACUUUACAUCCGUCGUGGAAUGGUUCGCCGGACGGAGUCAACUCAUCCUCUUAUUGUUUGAUGUUGCGAAGCUGGACAUUGGAGAUGAAUUUAAACGUGCAAUCAUGUCCUUGAAAGGAAAUGACGAAAAAAUUCGUGUCGUACUCAACAAGGCGGACACUGUUACUGGACAGCAAUUGAUGCGUGUAUACGGUGCUCUGAUGUGGUCCCUUGGAAAGGUGCUAGGGACCCCAGAGGUACCGCGGGUGUACAUCGGUUCCUUCUGGGAUCAACCACUUCAGAACGUUGAUUGUGCUGCUCUGCUCAAAGCCGAGCAACAGGAUCUGUUGAAUGAUUUGAAGGCGCUUCCACGGAACGCUGUAGUCAGAAAAAUCAAUGAGAUUGUAAAAAGAACGCGCAUGGCAAAGGUGCACGCCCUCAUCAUUUCUCAUCUGCGCCAAGAAAUGCCCAGCUUCUUUGGACGUAAGGACAAGCAAGACAGCUUGAUUACCAACUUGGAAGCGGAGUUCUUAAAGCUUGAACGUAUUCACGGAUUAACACGAGGAGACUUUCCUGAUCCCGAAAAAUUCAAGGAGAAGCUAGCCAUGUUCAAGUUGGAAAAGUUCUCCAAACUCAAUGACAAGAUGUUGCAAGCUGUCAAUGAGGCCCUAUCGAUCGAUUUCCCUAAACUAAUGUCAGAGUAUCCAGCUGCCCAGCCGACGAUUGCUGCACCGGAAAGAAACCCGUUCGAGAGUCCAAUCUCUCCCACACCUGGAAGUCCAGGCAAAGCGCAGACUGAGGAAAUAUGGCUAUAUGAUGCCAUUGACCGCCGAAAAUAUCUGGAGCGCUUCCGCACCCUGGCAGGAGUAGACGGAAAGGUAUCUGGUGCCACGGUCAAACCAAUCUUGGAAUCCACUGGCUUGGACACCCAACUGCUUGCCAAAGUGUGGAGAUUGGCAGACUGGACCCAAGAUGGAUAUCUGGAUUCUGAUGAGUUUGUUGUUGCUAUGCAUUUAUGUGAUAUUCAUAAAAAGGGAUGGGCGGAAGUGCCAGAUGUACUGCCAACGACCCUUAUUCCAAAGCGUAAAAUAUAG